AUUUUAAAUUUUGCAGUUAGAAGAAUAUAUCAAUUUAUACAAAGAAUGUUCAAGAAUUCCUUCACCAUUUUCUGCAGUGAUUUUGCCCAAUUCUAGUAAUGAUAUUCAUUUAUGUUCUCUGUGGAAUGUCAGAGAUGUAAUUAGAACAGAAACCAUCCAAGUCAAUUUAAACUACAUUGGCAAAAAGAAUUCAGACAACAGUUUUUCUUUUGCUAAAGUAGGAAGUCCUGUUGAAAUUGCUACAGAAUCAUUAUGUUCUUACUCACCAUCAAGAGCAUUAUAUGCAGUUUUAAGGAAAAUUAAUAGUAAGAAGGGAGAAGAAAAACAGUUUAUUGAGAUUUGGAAUGGAGACAACAAAAUGAAAACAAUUGAUGUUCAAGAUAUUGAAGUUCAUGGUAAACUGUAUGACGACACUGAGUUUGGCUGUUUGGAAUGGUCACAUAGUGAAGACCGUCUUCUAUAUAUUGCUGAAGAAAAGAAAACAAAAUCAAAAUCUUUUUUCAAGCAAAAGCAUAAUAAAGAUGAUGAUGAAAAUAAGCAGGAAAUAAAAAUGGGUAUGGAGGAUUAUAUUAAUGAAGAGGACUGGGGUGAAACUUUUACAACAAGGCAUCAUUCUGUUGUUUGCAUAAUGGAUAUAUUAAGUGAAGAUGUUGUUGUGCUAGAUAGUAUUCCUGAAGAUGUAUCUCCUGGACAGGCAAUUUGGUCUUCUGAUGAUAAUAGUGUGGUAUGUAUAGGAUGGAAAGAAGUUCCAAGGCGUUUGGGAAUACGUUAUUGUACAAAUCGAAGAUGUGCACUAUACUGCAUUGAUUUGGAAACUGCAAAAUGUUCCAUGUUAAGUGGAGAAGAUAAAAGUGUUCGUUCUCCAAGGUUUAGCUUGGAUGGAAAUGUAUUAAUAUUUUUAGAAAAUAAUUCUGGAGGUCCUCAUCAUGUUGGAAUUAAAUUAAUGAAAUGUGAUUGGAAGACAAAAGAAGUUUCAGUGAUUGUGGAUGUUGUGGAGAGUCCAAAAGAAAAAGAGUUUCCAGGAAUAUAUGUCUUUGAUUUCCCUUCAAAAUGUUGGUUUAAAAAUAAUGUGAUUUUUCAUACACAAUGGAGAUCUAAACAGGAAAUAGUUUUGGUUAAUAUAAUGAAUGGAAAAGUGCAACUUCUUACUGAAGAUGAAAGUAUUGGAUCAUGGAAAGUCUUGGAUGUAUGGAAUGACAAAAUUGUAUCAUAUUGUUGUUCUCCAAAUAAGCUUCCUCAUAUUAGAUUUGGUGAAUUAAGUAUCAAUGAAGAGAAUAUUUCCAUAUGUUGGCAUGUUGUUGAUACUGUAGAUAUUAAUAUUUCUGACAUACACUGGUCUGUGAUAACUCUGAAUCCUCCAGUUGAAAAUAAAGAUUAUCCUGGUUUGGAUUAUGAAGCUAUAUUUAUCAAGCCAAUUGUAGAAUCCAGUGAACCUUUUCCAUUAAUUGUUUGGAUUCAUGGAGGACCACAUUCUGCAUUUACGGUCGGAUUUCAUUUAUAUAGUCUACUUUUCUCAAGAUGUGGAUUUUAUGUCUUACAAAUUAAUUAUAGAGGCUCAGUAGGUUAUGGAGAAAAUAGUAUUUAUUCUUUAUUAGGAAAUAUUGGAUCUCAAGAUGUCCAAGAUGUUCAGUAUGCUGUAGAGAAAUUACUAGAAACAGAAAAUAUAGAUAAAAAUAAAUUAAUAUUAUUUGGUGGAUCUCAUGGAGGUUUUCUUACUGUUCAUCUUAGUGGCCAAUAUCCAGAUUUCUAUAAACUGGGUAUUUGUAGGAAUCCAGUAGUCGAUAUUGCCGGUAAGUUUACUUCAUUUAUUUUAUGUUCAUUAUAUUAUAAAAAAUAAAAAUAUACGCCUUGCAUAAUUUACAAAAAUAAAGGGUUCAGAAUAUUUUUUAAUUUAAAAUUACAGUAAGACCUCACCAUAUACAGACUCAUCACCUGAUAAAGACAAACUAAGGAAAGAACAAUCUGGAGUAUACAAAAUACUCUAUAAAAAUCAACAGUUAGGGGUCAAAAAACAUUAUGUUGGAAUUACAAAAAGAAACCUCAUUAUGCAACUCAAGGAACACAAGUACACUGUGGAAAAAAGCUAUAGUAAUAUAGUUUUAGUGACACUGUAGAAGGCUUGGUUAUAAAGUGGGAUGAAGCAAAUAUUAUUAAAACAGUAUGUUUUCCAACCAUUGGUAUGGGAAAAAUAAAGAUAUACAAGAGUAAGAUCAAAGAAUAGUGCCUAAAUGCUAGGAAUGAAAUGCAAAACCUUUGGCUUGGAAAUAUAUCUUAAAAAUCCUGAGUUAUAAGUUCCCCUACAAUAAGGUGACCAUUGUCCUCUAUUUUUAAGUUCUGUCCUCCCUUGAAAAGUGUCCUCCUACAUGUCCUCCUUUUCAAUAUUUGAAGACUAAUCUGUAAAUCUCUGUAUUCAAUCAAUGCCGAACCAAUCCAUUGCAUGUGAUGUGAUAUGUCAUGUUUGUAUUUUAACAUGAUGAUUCAUCAAGGCUCUGUACAGUGCAACAAGAUGCAAUUAUGAGACACAUGCUCUUUGCACAGGAGAUCUUGAGAGAGAGAGAGCGCAAAUGGCUUUGUUUACUUCUUAUUGAAACACGACAUGGCACCUAGUCAUGCAGUAGAGAUUAUUAUAGUGUAUUAUUGUUGCAAUGAAUAAAAUGUUUCAUAUUUACGAUAUUUUUUCCUUGAAUUUAUUAGUGUCCUCCUUUUCAUUGUAAAAAAGUAGGUCAC